AUGUCUUCAAUAUCAAAAGUUUUAUGUUUACCAGGUUAUUUACAAAGUGGUGCAACAUUUGCUAGAAAAUCAUCUGGUUUACGUAAAGUUUUAUCCAAGAAAUUAAAUAUUCAAUUAGAUUAUAUAAGUCCCUGUCAUAAGAUCAAUUCAAAACAUGAACUAGGAUUUCCAUUAGCUUCAACAGAAGAAGAAAGUGAUAAAGUAUGGGAUCAAGUAGUUGAAAAUGAAAAUAAUGUUAGGUGGUUUGCCCAUUUAGGUCCAAAUGACAACAAAGGUUUAAGUCAAUCAAUCGAUCAUAUUAUAGACUACAUUGACAAGAAUGGUCCAUAUGAUGGAAUAAUAGGUUUUUCUCAAGGUGCUGCAAUGGCAGUGAUGAUUACAAAUUGUAUAAAGAACAAGUUACCAGCACACCCAGAUUUUAAAAUAAGUAUGUUUGUAUCUGGGUUCGUGUUAACGGAAGCUAAAAACGGUGAUAAUUCUGCAACUAAUAGAGAAAAGAUUAAUAGUCUAAGUAAUCUAAACCAAUAUUGCGAUGAUGUUAAAAUUUCGGAAGAACCAGCUAAAUUUUUAAUAGAUCCUAAAACAAAUGAAAGUUAUGGUAAAGUAUUAAAUACUGAAAUCAUACUAGUUUAUGGCAAAAAUGAUGCAAUUGUAACUCCAGUUAGAUCGGAGUAUAUAACAACAUUAUAUAAUUCUAAAAAUAUUCAUGUUUUUCCUCAUGAUGGUGCUCAUUUAGUUCCAAAUGAUAAAAAAUUUGUUGGACCUAUAUCUGAAUUGUUUGAUCAAAAGGUCAAUCAUGGCAAAUUAUAG